CUCCUCAGGUGCGGGCCGGCUCCGCCCCGCGCUCAGGUCGGAGCCCGGAAGCCCCGAGGUCGCGGCGGCGGCGGGGCCAUGGCGGGCGCGGGGCGGUCGGGACUGUCUCCUCCGCUGCUGUUCCUCCUCGUCUUUCCCGUGCCGCCCGCGGCCGCUGCGCUGCGCCUGCUGCUGGGCGCCGCGCCGCCCUUCACCUGCUCUCAGCCGGAUUUAAACUGCCUCGUAGGAAAUAGUACCUGCAUAGAGAGGAGCUGGCUGCAGAAUCAGACGUGGACACCCUCUGCUCCCAGUAGCCUUGAUGUCUUCUCUGACGUUUUCCGUCAGACAGAUGGAGAACUGCUCCCUGUGCUUCGGAUAGAGUGGAAGGUGGCCACUGAUGCUAGCAUCCGCUAUCUCCGAGGGGCCGAGCUGGCUGUGAUGCAAGUGAGCAGCAAUCAACAGAUCUGUGCCCAGUUUGAAUUUCAGAACAACUUGCCUCUUCAGGUCCGUCCAGAUGGAGGCCGGUGGAAUUUCACUUUUAACCGCUUUGAGGUGGAACCUGGCCAGACUUACCAAGUGACUGUCUACCACCUACCCAAACUGAGUGUAAACGGAGACUACAAUUGCAAGUCCAAGUCUCUCACAAUGCCUGAUUGCACGGACCCUCUGAUGAAAAGAACCACCCCUUGUAUCAAGACAGGCAGCCUGUGGGAGCCCAAGAUCCAAGCUAAAAGUUUGGAUGAUAUAACUCUGCUUGUGAGCUUUAACCCAUGGAUGGAGCCAACCCGAUACCAAAUUCAUGUGACCAGUUUCCUGAAUGAGAGGAAGUGUAAAAUGAUCACUCGUGAUGUCACAGAGGGUGAACUGCAACCACAAGCAAAUGUCACAAUCAAAAUGGAGAAGAACUUGAGAGCUUGCUGCAACUACAAAGUACAAAUUCAGCCGUUCUUUGCCAUCUGUGGUACAGACUGUUUGAGGCACUCUGCUUUCAUCCCAUGUUCACCAGCACCAAGUGUGGGCCCAUCAGAUGAUAUGAUGAUAUGGGUGUACUGGUGUAUCACUGGGAUCUGUGUGUUGCUGGUGGGAUCAGUCAUAGCAGGUGUCAUUUGUAUGACCAAAAAACGAGCAGGACACCGGCGGGGAAAGUGCAGCCACUAUGAUUUGCAAAGUGUACCAUCUACUGACCUUCCUCUACCACCCUUAAAGCCUCGAAAGGUUUGGAUUGUAUACUCUGCCGAUCACCUGCUCUACGUGGAUGUGGUGUUGAAGUUUGCUGAGUUUCUGAUGACUGUCUGUGGCACUGCUGUAGCCUUAGACUUGCUAGAAGAUCAUCAGAUCUCAGAGUUUGGGCCAUUACCGUGGCUUACUCGACAGAAGAAGGAAAUGGAAGAACUAUCUUCAAAGAUCAUCAUCUUAUGCUCACGAGGCACCCAGGCCAAAUGGCAAGCCAUGCUUGGAAGUGCACCUGUUUGUCUCAAGCAAGAUCAGCAAAAGCCAACUGGAGACCUGUUCACCCCAGCCUUGAAUUUGAUCCUGCCAGAUUUCAAGAAGCCAGCCUGUUUCGGAAUGUAUAUAGUCUGCUAUUUUGAUGGGAUAAGUAGUGAGAAAGAUAUUCCUGAUCUGUUCAAUGUCACAUCCAGGUACCAACUGAUGGACAAGUUUGAGGAUAUUUAUUUUCGGAUUCAGGACUUAGAGAAGUUUGAACCUGGGCGCAUCCAUCGAAUCCAGGAAAUCACAGCUGAAAACUACAUUGAUACCCCUAGUGGGAGGAAGUUGAAAGAGGCAGUUCAGAAGUUCAGGAACUGGCAGACAGAGCACCCAGACUGGUUUGAGGCUGAAAGCAUCUGCCAGGAUAAUGAUGAAGAGUUGCAGUCCCUAAACAGAGAAAGCCAGGUGGAUUCGUUGCUAAGUGAACCAGGUGGAAUUGUAAAACACCAGCUGCACCUACGAGAACCUGACCCUAAUUGCUGUUAUGUCAUCAAUCUCCACAUUCGUGAAGGUGAGAGCAGAGGGUGUAAACUACAGCCUCAGCUUAAUCUGUGUGGAGAUCCAGCUUCUCAGACUCUCCUCGUUCCUAUGGAUGAGGCUGCUCCAGUUCAGAUAGUAGAGCCAGUCUCUUCCAUGGAAGACAAAAAUGUACUUGGCCAUCAUGUGCUGAGUAACGAGGACUGCAUGGAAGGAGUUCCUCUUCUGGAGACAAGUUUUCCAAUGAGGAAUAACAUCAUCCUCCAUGAUGACUGUGAUGUUUCUGCAGUAGAUGACCAGAGUCCUGCAAACCUCUCAGGUGAACUGGGGCACCAUCUGAAUGGACUUAUGUACUCUCUUUAUCAGCAGAGUGUCAUUCCUUCAGAUCUGUGUUUCUGCCAAGAGGAGGCUGACAGGCAGCAUCAGUUGAUCUUCGAAGACCAGUGCAAAGACCAAAGACAGUCAGUGCAGUCAGACCAGGGAUACAUCUCUAGAUGUUCUCCUUUGCCUCCUGAUGACCCUGUGGAAGAGGAGGAGGAGGAUCAGGAAAACCAGGUGGUUUGUCAUGAACUCUCUCCAGAGGUCUUGAACAGUCUAAAGAGCCUCCAGCAGCAGCUUUUUUUCCAGGACAUUCAACGGAGCUCAGAGUCAGGGUAUCCAGCAGAGCUGAUGGACAUGAGCCCAUCACCAGAAGAAGACUGCUAGGCUCUAUCUGGGACCUGCUCCAUCUGAAAUACACAGUUGGAAGGUGGUACCGCACCCAGCACUGAAACUGCAUUUCCAACACCAUCCUCCUUGUAUUACAAGUGACUUAGUGGUGCAAUCUUCCUGUUUGCUCUUUUGCAAGGAGGCAGGGUUGCCCAGCAGUGGGGUAAUCUCUCUGCUUCUAAUCUCUGUAUGGAGGGAAGCAACAAAUACUACCCAUCACUGUGACAGAACAGGCAGUAGUUCUGCUCCUGGGGGAAAUGUAUUAUAUCGAGUCCUCACUGCAGAAAAAUUACUGUGGUUCAUCCACUAGUGCCUUCGAAAUUCUCUCCAGCUGUAAUGGUUUUAUUGCACUGGACAGAAAACAAAGCCAAGAAUCAGAUUAUAGAAUUAGAUAGCAUGGCAAACUUUGCAUUGCCAGUUUGAUAUUUUUUUACAUAAUUUUUUUUUGUAAAUAAUGUGCUAAAGAUGUGUGCCUUAAACUUCAGCUAGGUUAGGGUUAUCUUUACAUAAUCACAUAAUGGUUUAGGUUGGACCAGAUAACAUGCAGAGGUCCAACACCUCUGCCCAAGUAAGGCAACCUGCAGCAGAUUGUCCAGGCCUGUGUUCAGGUCGCUUUUGAAUAUCUCCAAGCAGGGAGACUCCACAACCUCUCUGGGCAGCCCUGCACAUUAUCAGCUGCACAGUAAAGAAGUGCUUCCUGGUGUUCAGAAGGAGUCUCCUGUUUCUAUUUGUGCCUGUUGCCUUGUGACCUGUCUCUGGGCACCAAUGAAAGGAGCCUGUCUAUGUCCUCUUUUGUACUCUCCCUUUAUUUAUGCACGUAAUACCUAGGAUAGGACGAGAGGGAAUGGCCUCAAGUUGCAUCAGGGGAGGUUCCGAUUGGAUAUUAAGGAAAAUUUAUUCUCAGAAAGAGUGGUGAGGGAUUGGAACAGGCUGCCCAGGUGGUGGUGGGGUCAUCAUCCCUGGAGGUGACCAAGAAAAAUGUAGAUGUGGUACUAUGGAACAUGGCUUAGUGAGCAGCAUUGUUGGACAGUUGGACUAGAUGACCUGAGAGUUAUUUUCUAACCUUAAUGAUUCUGUCAUUCGACAUAGAUAAGAUGGCCCCUGACCCUUCUCUAGGCUGAACAGUCCCAACUCUCAGCCUUUUAUUGUAAGAGAGAUGUUGUAGUCCCUCAACUACCUUUGUGGCCCUUCAUUGGACUCUGUCCAGUAUGUCCAUGUCUCUUCUGUACUGAGGAGCUCAGCAGUGGACAUAGUACUCCAGGCGUGUCCUCACCAGUGCAGAGUAGAGGAAAAGCUUUACCUGCUGGCAGUGCUUUGCUUAAUGCAGCCCAAGAUAUCUUCAGCGUUCUUUGCAGCAAGGGCGCAUUGCUGGCUCAUGUUCAACUCGGUGUCCUCUAGGAUUCCCAGGUCCUUUUUCGCAAAGGGCACCCAGCAUGUCCUGCUGCUUGGAGUUGUUACUCUUAAAGUGCAGGGAUUUGCACUUCAUGUUGAACUUGAUGCGGUUCCUUUCACCCUGUUUCUCCAGCCUGUUAAGGUCCCUCUGGAUGGCAACAAGGCCUUCUGGUGUUUCAGCUACUCCUCCCAGUUUUGUGUCAUCUGUAAACUUGCUAAGGGUACACUUUGCCCCAACAUCCAGAUCAUUGAUGAAGAUGUUAAACAAGACUGGAGCCAGUAUUACCCCCUGGGGUACUCUCCCAGUUACUGGCCUUCAGUCAGACUAAACCACUGAUAACCACCCUGUGGGCUUGGCCAUUCAGCUAGUUCUUCACCCACUUUGGUGUGUGUUAAACCAGCUUGUACUUCCUCAGCUUGUCUAUGAGGAUCUUGUGAGGCGCAGUAUUACUGAAGAUAAUUACUGAGGUCUUACUGAAGUGCAGGAAGACGAUAUCCACUGCUCCCCCUUCAUCCCAGGCUGAUCAUUUCAUCAUAGAAGCUUAUUGGUCAAGCAUGACUUUCCCUUGGUGAAUCUGUGUGGACUACUCCUGAUUAUUUUCUUGCCCUUCAUGUGCCUGGGAAUGGUUUCAAGAUGAGCUGUUCCAUCAGCUCCCAGGGAUCAAGUGAGGCUAACCAGUCUGUAGCUGCCUGAGUCCUCCUUUUUGUUGUUCUUGAAGGUUUUUGAAGAGUCAUUUGCUGUCCUCCAGUCUUCAGGCUCUUCUCCCAGUUGCCAUGAUCAGUCAAGGAUUAUCAAGAGGGACCUCACAGUCAUUUCUGCCAGCUCCCACAGCACUCAUGGAUGCAUCCCAUCAGGCAUAGGAUGGCCAUGAUUUAUGAAUGUCCAGUUUGCUGACAUACUCCCUGACCUUAUCCUGAACGAAAAUGAGUGUGAGGUGUUCUUUUUGCAAGUACAGACACAAGCACAGGUAUUGCAGGCUAGUCAUUGUGAAAACACCCUAAUAAUAGAUUAUGGGGUUGAUACUUCCAGAACAGUGAUGAUAACUGUCAAUUCCAAGAUUGAGCUGGAUGCACUAGGAAGACUUAAUCCAUGCAAGUGAUCCUCUAUUGGCCCAUGUAGCAUUAACUAGGUAGGGGACUAGUUGGAGCUGGUGUUUACUGUAGGUAUUGUCACAGUUUCUGCAGUCCAGCCAGCUGGUUACAGUUCAUGAGAUACAAGCACCUCCAAGCCUUUCUGGUUUGUGUUCAGACAUGCUUGUCAUCUUCCUGUCCUUUUAAGUUUACUUGUCAAGAAAUUUUGAGAUCAUGUUAUUUUGGCUUUUUAAAAGUCUGAUAUCUCAGAAAAUAAUCUGCUGUUUCGACGUGUGACCAAUGUUUUAUUAUGUAUAUUUUAUACUUUUGUUUAUGACUUGUUCCUUAAAUUAAAAACAAGAAUGCUUUUAGAUAUAUUUACUUAAA